AUCUUUUCCCGGUUCACUAGGAUUGGUGCACGGAAGGCGAAACGCUCUUGGAAAGUAGCUUGCGAUGGCUGAUAUCGAGGGAUCACAAAAUUUAGCUCAAGCAUUUGCAAAACAAUAUUACAAUACUUUUGAUACAAAUCGUGCAGGACUGGGAAGCCUUUUUGUAGACGUCUCAAUUUUGACAUUUGAAGGUGCUGCUUUAAUGGGUAAAGAUACAAUUAUGGCAAAACUCCAGGGUUUACCAUUUCAAACUGUACAACACGUUAUCACUACAGUCGAUGGCCAACCCACGGUUGAUGGCGGUGUUAUCAUACAUGUACUAGGUCAAUUAAAGACCGACAACGAUCCACCUCACUCAUAUUCAGAAACGUUUCAUUUGAAGAAAGGUCCAGGUGAUAACUACGUUAUACUAAAUCAAGUGUUUCGACUUGGUGUCCACCACGGUUGAAGUUCGUUGUGGAAUGGUUAGCUUUACAAAUCAUUCAUUUGGCUUAGUGCAUACAUAACAAAAUGAACAAGUUAUGAUUCAAUGUAAAUAGCACACAUGGCCUCUUUUAAACGAUAUUUUUCUAGCUGUAGUGUAGAUUAUAAAAUUUUACUAAACAUAAAAAAAAUUCCAGUAGAUAUUUAGUUCUAUUAAAGCGCUUAAAAGCUUACCUUCUGAGAAAAACAAGUUGAACUCAUCCAUGAGAGACUAAGUUUUGCUAAUUAUGCAAAGUUUUGCUAAUUAUGCAAAGUUAUGACAUCGACUAUCUCUGAAACAUGUCAUUGCUGUUAUCAAGCAUAAUCAUAGUAAUUAAAUAUUUAAAUUUGUGUAAAAAGUUCGAUACGCCUCACUCAAAGCUAGUUGAAACGUCACGCAUAAUUAGUGGAACUAAGUCCAAAAUCUUAUAAACCAAUCAAGAUUUUUUAAAUAUAUACACAUUUCUAAACAACCUAUCAAGCUCUUUUUUAUGAACAAAACUUUUUUUUCGCAGGAGGUAGUUUUAAAGCUUUUCUACCUUAACCUUAAUAAAAAUAUAUUGCGAAUUUCGUUAUAAGACCCCCCCUCCCCUUUUUAAAGAAACUGUUGCACUGGUUAUGCUUAGUAGGUGGUGGCAGAAACAUUUUUAAGGACCUUAGAGGCACGCCAUAAUGACUUUGGAAAAAGAGGGGGUUAAUAAAAAGACUUUAAAAAACCCAAUAUUUGUUCGCUUUCGAGACCUUUUUUGUUUAGUUUGUUUUGUAUACGAAUGAAAUUAUUUUACGUCUUGUAUCGAAGUAGAUAAGUUAUGAAUCUCUUAGCAAUAUGUAUGUUACUUCUUUGAUGUCUUGUUCUCGCAUUGCUGGUAUUUUAAUUGAAAACAUUGUUAAAUGGUUAACAAAUAUUUAAAUGUUUUUUUGAUUUACGUUAUAUACAUGUAUUCAGGGAGCAGAAUUCAAUUUUUCUCUUAUUCUAGAUUUAAAUAAACAAUUUUUAUUAUA